AUGUCCAUGGGUUCAUCCAUUAUAGCGCCCCCUCAUCCCCCUCCCCAGAAGAAGAGAGGUGGAUCGCUGCACCUUCUCCACGGGGGGAAGAAACUGCCAAAGAGCGGGCCCUGGGAAGAGGAGAUGGAUCUGGCAGGUGUGAAAGGAGAAAGGAACAAGCCUGUCUCAAUUUCCUCUGCUGGGUCCAAUUGUGAACUUCAUGACCUCAAACGACACUUCACCUCAGAGUCGGCUCUUGAGGGAGCCGAUUGUUUGCACUGCAGACGCAUGUCCUUGCAGAUGCUCCACUUCAGCAGAGUGCUCUUCGAGGAGGGCACUCUCGCUAGCAUUCCUCGAGGUUCGGGCCUCGCUUCUGUCAAGAAAGAGGGCUACACGCAACAUGCCCAAGCAGGCUCUAGGGGGUGGGAUGUGCAGAUCUGGAAAGUAGGGCAGGCCCCUGCAUUACUACCUUCAAGAGCUCCUCGAACUAGACUGGCUGUGGAGGCAUGUCCACAGGAAGAUCUCACCUUCACCAUCGGAUGCAUAUAUUUUUGGAGUUGUUUUGCGACACGAUGUCGUAUCCUCAGGGUUACCUGUACCAGCCCGGCCCGGGCUCUCUGGCUCUCUAUCCGCUCAGGAGUGAAGAGCUCGAACUGGCAGCGCUGCUCGUCUUCCUCUUCGUCGUCGUCUUCCUCUUCAUCAUCCUCAUCCUCAUCGACGGGUUCAGCCUUCACUCCGUAUCCCGCGUCCGCCGCCUUCACCGCCUCGGCAACGGGCGGCUUCGCGAGCGCGCUAAGUUACCACACCGACCCGGCCACCGGCUUCCCCUCCUACAUGGCCUCCCCGUAUGACCCCCCUCCCUCGGCCAUGGCGGCUCCGCUCGGUUUCCCGCCAUACGGCAGUGCGGGUUUCCCGCCUCCCCCGUAUCAGCUCAACGACCCCGCGUACCGGAAAAACGCCACGCGCGACGCCACGAGCACGCUGAAGGCCUGGCUCAACGAACACCGGAAACCCUACCCGACCAAGGGUGAGAAGAUCAUGCUGGCCAUCAUCACAAAGAUGACGCUCACGCAGGUGUCCACGUGGUUCGCCAACGCCAGACGGAGACUCAAGAAGGAGAACAAAGUGACGUGGGGCGCGCGGGCCAAGAGCGAUGAUGAGGAGGAAGGAGCGCGCGCCGAGCGGAAAGAUGAGGAGGAAGAAGAGGACGACAAGCACGAGGACAACGAAGACGCUUCCGCCGAGGAUGAGGGCAUCAGCCUACAUGUGGACUCACUGACUGAUCAAUCAGCCGAGUCGGAUGGAGAGAAAGUCCUCUGCAGGAUCGACAACUUCUCCUGCAAGCCUGCUCCAGAAGCAAAAGAGAAACACUCAGAGACAGACAUGACCUCGGGUCGUGGGGGUCAUGUGGGUCAUGGGGGGUUGUCACCCAAGCCUGUGACCUCGUCUCCUCUGACUGGAGUGGAGAUGCCGCUCUCAGACAAAAACAAGACCUGCGGUGAUGUCCAGAGCCAAAACACCAAACCUAAGCUCUGGUCCUUGGCCGAAAUCGCAACUUCAGACCCCAAACAGCCGCUUCAGAGUCCGAACUGCCCCUCAGGGGGUGGGAUCUGGACCAGCCAAUCAGGCGGGGCUCCCUCUGCAUCCAUAUUGGCCAGACCGAUUUAUUAUACAUCCCCUUUUUACAGCAAUUACACAAAUUAUGGGAACUUCGGGCAAGGGAUUCUGCGCUAUGGCUCCAUUCAUAAACAUGCUUCGGAGACUACGAUGUUAAAAGCUAACCAUGCUAAUCACGAGCAGCACUUCAGGGCCUUGAGUUCAGAGGCCAAGAAAGACUCUGGUGAUGUGUGUGCACUUGGACCACAGUCUUACCUCUCCAGCUAAAGACAGCAAGCUCAAAGUACAUAAUUGAUAACGGUAGGCACGAUCAAGAGAGCCUUCAACUUCCUCGGCCUCUGCCUCCUUGAGCGCUGGCAGUAAAUUGUUUCCCCAUACACCGGAACACCUACAGCUAUGAUAUUUCUGAUAAAAAAAUAAGGACCUAAAUGGACCGAAGGUGUGCUAUCAGUCAAGAUGUGUGUGCUUUUUUAACAGUUAAAAUAAUUAUUUAACCCAUAAAUAAGGACAUGAUUACUCAGGAUCCCUCAGUUUUGCUUCAUUGCCACCCUGACAAUGAAGUUCCGCGCUAAACAUUUGGACGUUAAUCCAAGACUUUUUUUUUCAUUUGGGCCGGACAUGACACACAAAAUGUGAAAGCAGAAAGACAACACAGCGCCAGUGAAGAGUGGAAUAUUUGAUAUUUAUUUUUGUAAAUGAUGGCGAGUCGCCUGUGUUAUUUAUGCAAGUUGUAUUGCAAUGACACACAAAACACUGACGGUUUAAUUUGUUUGUUUUGUAAAUAGACGACAGUCUGUUUUUAUUUAAUAAAGAAAAAAAUGGGCAAGGGUGUACACAAAAAUGUUAAAAAACAAGAAGACUUUUACUAAUUUAUAUCUUGCAUUGUAAAUAAAAAGAGACGUCCUAACGUG